AUGAGUGCACAAGAAUCCAUAAAAUGUCUGAGAUACAUAUCGAAAAUAUGCAGUAUCCUUGGUAUUCUCCCAACUCGUGCAAACACAUGGAUAUAUAAAGUGUACUCUCUGACAGUACUUUCCAUCGUAUUCAUCAACGCCAUCAUAGCUUUGAAGGAAAGAACUUCACCGCUAUUCACUACCUAUAACGUCAUAAUCAAAGCUGUCGACCAAAUAGCGAAUGGUUUUUUGACGCUGGCCGUAUCUUUUGCAACUAUUUCGAACGUUUUCGUCUAUCCAAGCAAAUUGGAAGAGAUUCUCGAUUCGCUGCUCAAAUUCGAUGUCGAUUUUGACAACCAUUCGCAGGUGAUGCGAUCCAUUUUCUGGUCUAUUCUGAUCGGUUUGAACGCAAUCAUCAUGAUGAUGUUAGCCCUAGAUUCCUGGUUUUGGACUGAUGCUGUCAGUCUGACGAUUUACAAGUACUAUUUCGUGAGAAACGUGCAAUACUAUCAGCUGACUUUAUUCAUAUUUCUGAUAUUCUGGAUGGCCAUGGAAGUAUACUGCAGAGCUGCCGACCUAAUAGCGAAUGGUUUCUUAACGCUGGCCGUAUCCUAUGCAGCUAUCUCGACCGUUUUCGUCUAUCCAAGCAAAAUGAAAGAGAUUCUCGAUUUGCUGCUCACAUUCGACGUCAAUAUUGGCAACCAUUUGCAGGUUAUGCGAUCCACAUUCUGGUCCAUCCUAAUCUGUUUGAACGCAAGCAUCAUGCUGGUGUUAGCCUUGGAUUGCUGGAUGUGGAUAGAAGCUGUCAGCCUGACGAUGUACAAGUACUAUUUCGUGAGAAACGUGCAAUACUAUCAGCUGACUUUAUUCAUAUUCCUGAUAUUCUGGAUGGCCAUGGAGGUAUAUUGCAGGUUCUUCAUGUUGAACAGGUUCCUGGAACGGUUGUCUCAGAGGAAUCAGAAGAACCAUUUGAUCCUCCCUUAUCCAGAAAUUGCUGAAGUUAGAAGAUUGCACAAUCAGCUCUCUUUCAAGGAAAGGACUUCUCCUCUAUUCCCUACCUAUCAUGUGAUAAUCAAAGCAGCAGAACAAAUGGCGAAUGGUUUCUUAACGCUGGCCGCUUCUUCUGCAACCAUUUCGAACGUUUUUGUCUCUCCCAGCAAAUUGCAAGAGAUUCUCGAUUUGCUGUUGAAAUUCGAUAUCGAUAUUGGCAACCAUCUGCAGGUAAUGCGAUCAACCUUCUGGUAUAUUCUGAUCGCAUUGAACGCAAUCAUCAUACUGGUAUUAUCCCUGGAUUCCUGGUUGUGGAUUGAUGCUGUCAGUCUGACGAUAUACAAGUACUAUCUCGUGAGAAACGUGCAAUACUAUCAGCUGACUAUAUUCUUAUUCCUGAUAUUCUGGAUGGCCAUGGAAUUAUACUGCAGGUUCGUCAUGUUGAAUAAGUUCCUGGAACGAUUUUAUGAAACUAAUCUGAAGAAUCAUCCCAUCGUCAUUUAUCUAGAAAUUGCCAGAGUGAGAAGAUUACACAAUCAGCUCUGUGAAAAUAUGCUGUUUGUCUAUGGCGGGUCAUUUGUUGUCAAAAGAGGCUAACAGAACCAUUACCAUCUGUUAUAACAUCAUUAAUCAACCAAGAGGACUGGACCAACAAACCAAAAUGAUGAACGAAGAAUUGAAGUUCCUUUGCGAUCAAGUCACCCAGCAAAAUCCCUGUUUAUCAGCAAAUGGAUUCUUUGUAGUGGAUUUCACCAUGAUUGGUUUCAUUCUUUCAAGCAUUACUUCUUAUAUUAUAAUAUCUGUACAGUUUAUGAAGGGAUGUUGAUGUUCGGUUCUCUCUUUUCUUCAUUUGUACCUACUCUAUUUUGCUAAUUUUUGUACUCAC